UCCUGAGAAGGAAGGAACAGCCACACUCUUUCCGUGACAUUCUGGAGAAGGUCAUGUUCCUUUUCAGCCUGAGACACACAACUGACUCACUCUCCUGGUGUUUCUGAAGAAAAGCAAUCAGUGAUCUGUUCUAAUUCUUUCUGUUCUUAGGGAAGAACAUAUUUUGUGUGGUGCUCUUUUAGCCACCUACCUGCUUUGAGUUUCUGCAGUGACCAGCAGUGAAGGGAAAAUAUUAGAACAUGUCGGAGUUCUGGCUAAUUUCUGCCCCAGGAGACAAAACAAAUCUGCAGGCAUGGGAGAGAAUGAACACUGUGACAUCUAAAUCCAACCUGUCUAGCAACAGUAAAUUCCAUAUUCCAGACUUAAAGGUGGGGACACUGGAUGCUCUUGUUGGUCUGUCAGAUGAGUUGGGAAAACUUGAUAGCUUUGCUGAAAGCGUAAUAAAGAAAAUAGCCCAGUACAUAGGAGAAGUUAUGGAGGACUCAAAAGAUAAAGUCCAGGAAAAUCUUCUGGCCAAUGGAGGGCUAAAGGAUAAAAUGAAAUGUCUCCAAAUUGACCUAAUUAGCUACUUGACACGGUUUGAGUGGGACAUGGCCAAAUAUCCCAUAAAGCAGCCGCUGAAGAAUAUAUCAGAAGCAUUAGCAAAGCAAGUGACUCAGAUAGAAGCAGACCUAAAGACUCGAUCUGCUGCGUACAACAACAUUAAAGGAAAUUUGCAAAGCCUGGAGAAGAAAACGAUGGGAAAUCUGCUGACCAGGACCCUGGCAGACAUUGUGCACAAAGAAGACUUUGUUCUGAAUUCCGAGUAUCUUAUCACGCUGCUCGUCGUGGUGCCAAAGUCAAGCUACCUACAGUGGCAGAAGACCUAUGAAUCACUUUCAGAUAUGGUAGUACCUCGCUCCACCAAAAUGAUUGCUGAGGAUGCAGAGGGAGGACUCUUCACUGUGACCCUAUUUAGAAAAGUGAUGGAUGACUUUAAGGCUAAAGCCAGGGAGAACAGGUUCAUGGUUCGAGAAUUUUAUUAUGAUGAGAAGGAACUGAAAUGUGAAAAGGAAGAGCUGAUGAAAUUAGCUUCUGACAAGAAACAACAAUAUGGCCCCUUACUGCGCUGGCUCAAGGUGAACUUCAGUGAAGCAUUUGUGGCUUGGAUUCAUGUGAAAGCCUUGAGAGUUUUUGUUGAAUCUGUCCUGAGGUAUGGCCUCCCUGUGAAUUUCCAAGCAAUGCUGCUGCAGCCAAACAGGAAGUCUGUGAAGCGCCUGAGAGAUGUCCUGAACGUGGUCUUCAAACACCUGGAUGAAGUUGCAGCAGCAAGUAUAAUGGAUCCUGGCAUGGACAUCCCUGGGUUACAACUGAGUAAUCAAGAAUACUAUCCUUAUGUCUAUUUCAAGAUUGACCUCAGUCUUCUUGACUGCAGUUAAAGCAGAAUUGCUCAAGCUUCAUCCAUUAAUUUUCAAGACUCUCAUGUUACCAUAAACAACCUUUAGCUGCUGAAAGUCGAAUUAAAAUACAGAUGCUGUAGCAGGAGGAUCUUCCUACCACUUCUAGUAAUUUUUACAGUGACUACAAUUUAUGUUAUCUCUUAUUCAUAGUUUUACAAAAACGUAUUUCAGAGGCAGAGGUACUAUGGUAGUAUUUAUUUUUUUGGUAAAUUACAAAGAUGGAAUAUCUACUGGACUCGAAAUAAAACAAUUUAAAAAGUGUGGUGGCUAAUGGAUCUACUGGGUGUAUACAGUCCUCUUUUUCUAACAAAGCAAACUUAAAAAAUCCAAACAGAAAAAGUAGAAAGCAUCAGAGCAAAGCCCAAAGUAACUUAACAAAAAACCCCAAAAAGCUUAAGAGGAAAGAUCCUCAAAAGUGCUGUGGAACUUAUCAUAAUAUGAUUUACAGUCCCAAGUACUCAUGAGUUUAGUUUUUGCCAAGAUAUUUCAGUUAGAACAGUUCCAUUACAGCUCAUCUGCUGGGAUGAUUUAAGAAUUGGGGCACACCUCCUGCACAGAAUCAGCAGUUACUGCUGGCUGCCUGUGGUUCUGACACUGCCUUUCACGGGGAUGAGUUACGGGCAAUCUCUUACAGACACCAGAUGACAAAUAGCCAUAUUAUGUUAUUUCCUUGAAAGAAGGGGAAUCUUUCAGCUCUUUCAUUGCUUAUUUAUAAACAAGUUGAUCACAUCAGGGUCACUUCAAUUGACACCAAUAUACAAGACAUGAAGAGCAAUAAAAUAACAGUAUUUUUAUUAAAAAAACAGCAGUAAACAUCCCUAUUCACAGUCUUGAUUCCCCUUCCAAAGGAAAUAACAAUUUCAGAUCAAAACAAUGCCAGAUGGGAAGUGAAGAAAUAUUACCCAAUUUGCUGGAGACAGCACCAGGGUGGUUUUCUGUUAGCACCUGGAAAUCCUUACACACUCAACCACAGAUUAGCUUCAUCACUAAUCCAGGGGAAAGACCAACAGCUCCCAGCAUCUCUCAUUGCAGCAGCAACCCCACUUCCAUUGUAUUAAUGAUCUUAUGAAGUCUGGCACAAAGAAAGAGAAAGCCCCUGAGAAGGAAUAGGAAAAGGAAGACUGAAGAGCAUUUAAACUAAGAUUGUCCAUCUUAUCAGGCUUUAGGCCAAACUGUCAAGAUCUCACAGCAAGGAGGUGGUUUAAGACUCCCCUCUGCACAAGCCUCUCUAUUCUACAGUUCACUUUCAAGAGUCAUCCAAAAUGGGACUGCUUGUACUAUGUGCACCUUUCUUACUCUAUGCAAGACUAACACUGUGUGUCAAAAAUAUUUUAUUCUUUAAUUGAAACAGAA